UUUUUAGCCUUGCCGGUUUUUCAAAAUAGACGAUUUCCACACUCACUUCUCAUCCCCAUCUCAUAAGAAAGUUACAGGCCACAAAUAAGCCCAUCAGGGGCUUGGUUUUCGAAAAAAGCAUAUACAAUGGUCAAACCAAAAUUUGAUUCUAGUUUAGCUAUUAAAACAGGCGGUAUCCGGUUUCAGAAGACAAAGGGUCAGCAUAUACUGAAAAAUCCCCUCGUUAUUACCACAAUGGUGGAAAAGUCUGGUAUCAAGUCCACAGACUCUUUGCUUGAAAUUGGUUCUGGAACUGGUAAUCUCACUGUCAAGUUGUUAGAAAAGGGAAGGAAAGUGUACGCUUUCGAAAUAGAUCCAAGAAUGGUUUCGGAAUUGCAAAAGCGUGUGCAAACCUCACCACAUCGAACCAAACUAGAAAUUCUCGUUGGUGAUGCAAUCAAGGCAAAAUCAUGGCCCAAGUUCGAUCUCUGCAUAGCGAACCUGCCAUAUAAGAUCUCUUCGCCAUUCAUCCAAAGACUGAUUAGUGCAGGUCAUGGUUUUAGAGCAGCGGUUGUUAUGCUUCAGAAAGAAUUCGCUGACCGUCUUACGGCUAAAUCUGGAGAUAAAUUAUACUGUCGUCUGUCAGCAUCUGCUCAGUUUCACUUCAAAAUUGAACAGUUGAUGAAAAUCAAUAGAAACAGUUUUCGUCCCCCACCACGUGUUGAUUCAGCUGUUGUUCGGAUUGAGCCCAGGCAUCCAUUACCGCCUGUAAUGCAUUCAGAAUGGGAUGGACUACUGCGUCUUGUGUUUGCUCGCAAAAACAAAACGAUCGGAGCUAACUUUAGCGGCAAGUCAAUAGCUUCUCAUUUACGUAAAAUUUACAUGGAGACUUGUUGCACAAAAGGAUUGUCACCAACUCCAGAGGCUAUUGCCUGUGAGUCUACUGGUGUUUCAGCAAUGGAGGAGAAAAUAACAAACAUACUUCGAGACUCAGGUUUUGAAAAAAAGCGUGCCCGUGCUUUAGACGAGGAUGACUUUCUUAGAUUAUUAUUGGCCUUUAAAAAAGAAAAUAUAAAUUUUGGUUGAUCUUUCCGUAAUCUUCUUAUUAUGUAAACAAUUGAGAGGCAUGGUACAUUGUACAUAGUCGAGUAUACCUGGGCCAUAAAUAAAUUGUACUAAAGUAUGAUAAAAACGAUUUUUCUGUGAUUCACGAAGAUUAUUUCCAUUUCGGUCCCCAUGACUAAACGAUGGAGAAUUCAUCAGAAUGGAAAACAAAUUUAUCUUGGUAGCCCCUUUUAAACAACCUUUACAAGUCAGAACUCGUAAAAGUACCAUACAGAUACCUUUUUGAUUGACUCACAUUCUCUACUCGCACAUUAAAUCCAGUUUCAGCAGCUACAUAUGUUUGGCGUUUUAAAGGCUGAUAUAAGAGCUGUGAAGAAAUAUUAUCUUCGAAGUCGCUCAAACGGAAAUUAAUUGGUGGAAAGUAACGAAUACACAUCACCGUCCAGCAGUUCCCACAGCAUUAUACAACCAACUACCACCUAGAAUUUAAUCGAUAACAGUUUUGCUGUUAGACUUGAUGUUACCCCAGCACUCGGAAGUUAAAGUCAAGUAAUUAUGUUGUUCUUUGUUAUCGUCCUUAAAUUAAAACAUCGAUUUAUGAUUAAAAGCGUGUUUUUAAUGAGUAAGGUCGGAUUCAAAACGGUUUUGAAGUUAAAAGCUUUCAAAUACAGUUAGUAGGGUUAUUCUAGGUAUAGAAAUUUUGGGGACUCAGCCAUUAAUAAUGAUCUCAGAGCGAGGUUAGGGGAAUUCGUCGACGAUAUUUUCGGAGGAUAAUAUAGAAGUGAAAUACUAAAGGUUGUGUUUGCAUGUAGGAAUUCCAGGCUAUCCGACUUGUAAUUGAUACUUUGGAGUAUGUGAAAUACUGAGUGUGCUAGGGAACUGCCAGAAACAUAACUUCGCAAG